UUUGAGUGAUUUUAGUAAAGCAAAAACAUUCAUGGAGUAGAAUUGUGUUUUGUUUUUAUUCGCCCAGAUUCCGCUGUUUUUAUUGUUUUCAUUCACAAAAUGCAUCGACUCAUCUCUUUCGUUGUUUUUCUGGCGUUGAUAAGUGCAGCGCUGGCUAUACGUUGCUACCAGUGUUCGUCGCAGACGGAUCCAAAGGGAGUGGAUAAUUGCGGCGCCUACAAGCGGUUUAAUAGAACGCAAAACAUUGCCAUUGAGUGCAACAGUGACGAAUCGAAUAUGCCUGGAUCGUUCUGUAUGAAGGUGGUUCAGCAGAGCCCGAGAGGUUUUAUUUGGGACGGCCGGUGGCGCCAGGUCAUUAGACGAUGCGCCUCUGUAUCCGAGAGCGGUGUGACGGGGGUAUGCAACUGGGGAGUGUACGAAAACGGUGUCUACUGGGAGGAAUGCUACUGCGCGGAAGAUGGCUGCAAUCAUGCUUCCAGAUCUGUUGUCGGAUCCACUGUAGGCUUAGUUUGUCUCAUAGGAUUACCCUUUCUAUAUCGACUGCUUGUUGCAUAGACAGCAAGUUACCAAACUCUGUAGUAUUUACUUACUACUUACUUAGUUAGCAUAAAACGAUAAGUAUGUUGAAAGAUGGGUAUUCGAGAAACGAUCUUGCACACGAACUUCAUUCCGUCCAUUGUGCCUUUGAAUAAUUUUUUCGAUUGUAAUUACAAUAAAACACGAUUUUAAAAUAGAA